AUGGCGUUGGAUGUUGACGAUGAAUUGCCCGAUCGGGAAAGUGCUGGACAAUUCUAUCAAAAAUAUGAUCCUAAAGAAGUACUUGGUAAAGGUUUAUCAUCUGUUGUACGUAAAUGUGUUGAAAAGGCUACUGGUAAAGAAUAUGCAUGUAAAAUCAUGGAAUUUAAUGAUGAUAGUGAUGAUGAACAUGCUGCUACAUUGCGUGAAAUUCAAAUACUUAAAUUAGUAGGCGGUCAUCCAAAUAUAAUUGAUAUAGUUGCUUCAUUUGAAACACCAAAUUAUGUAUUUAUUGUUAUGGAACUUUGUCCAUAUGGUGAACUUUUUGAUUAUUUAACAAAAGUUGUUCGACUAUCAGAAAAACGUACUCGUCAAAUAAUGUCAAGUAUAUUACUUGGCGUUCAUCAUUUACAUUCUCAUCGUGUUGUUCAUCGAGAUUUAAAGCCAGAAAAUAUUUUAAUGGAUUCAACAAUGAAUGUUAAAAUAACCGAUCUUGGUUUUGCUGUUCAAGUAACUGAUAAUGAAUCUUUAUAUGAUCUCUUUGGAACACCUGGUUAUAUGGCACCUGAAUUACUUCGUUGUUCACAAUCGGAUGAGGGACCUGGUUAUGGUUUACCAGUUGAUUUAUGGGCAUGUGGUGUUAUUUUAUAUACACUACUUAGUGGUUUACCACCAUUUUGGCAUCGUAAACAACAUUUAAUGUUUCGUAUGAUUACGGAAGGACAAUAUACAAUGACGGGUUCAGAAUGGGAUGAUGUAUCUGAAACAGCAAAAGAUUUAAUUCGUCAUUUAUUAGUUAUUAAUCCAGCUGAACGUUAUACAGCUGCACAAGCACUUCAACAUCCAUUUUUUAUUAGCGAACGAACACGACGAAAAGAUUUCAUGCCUAAAAGGACACUUAAAGCACAUAUUAUACUUGUUUGGUCAAUCUAUCGUUUAAGAACAUUACAUUAUAAACCACAACCUAUUCGAGGAAAAGAUUUACUUGAAAAUCCAUAUCGAUUUAAAUCUUAUCGUAAGAUGAUUGAUUCAACAGCAUUUCUUCUCUAUGGACAUUGGAUUAAAAAAGACGAACAUCGAAACCAAAAUCGUGCUACUUUAUUUCAAACAGAAGAAAAAUUUGAUCUUGUUCGACACGAACAACGAUCUCAAGAUCGACGAAAUUCGUAA